AUGGGCUCCUGCGAGCGGGGAGCCUCCAGCAUGGGCAGCCCCCCGUUAUCCAGCGGCUGCUUCACCCAGGUCUACACGCCGGCGGCUGUCAGCGUCCCCGCUGCCCGCAGGGGGUGUUUCUAUGACACCCCCCAGGGCCCCGAGCUCAGGACCCUCGACUCAGCCUCGGCGGGACGGCUGCCGGCCAAGAGGAAGCUGGACCUGGAGGGCCCUGAAUUUCGCACACCCAAGGGGAAGGGCCGGACACUGGCGCAGGUCCCCAGUCCAAGGACCCCCAAGUCUCCCGGGGAGAAGACCCGCUAUGACACCUCCCUGGGGCUGCUCACCAAAAAAUUCAUCCGCCUGCUGAACGAGUCCCCCGAUGGCGUCGUGGACCUGAACCGGGCGGCCGAGGUGCUGGAGGUCCAGAAGCGCCGCAUCUACGACAUCACCAACGUGCUGGAGGGCAUCCAGCUCAUCCGCAAGAAGUCCAAGAACCACAUCCAGUGGAUGGGCACGGGGAUCUUCGAGGACGCGGCGGUGACGGCGAGGCAGCAGGUGCUGCGGGGGGAGCUGGCGGAGCUGGCCAGGACGGAGAGGACGCUGGAGCAGCUCGUGCAGGACUGUGCCCUGCAGCUCCGGCAGCUGGUGGAAGACGAGGCCAACCAGAGGCUGGCAUAUGUCACCUACCAGGACCUCCGUGCCAUCAGCAGCUUCCAGGAGCAGACAGUGAUCGCUGUGAAGGCUCCCCCAGAGACGCAGCUGGAGGUGCCAGACUUCAGCGAGGACACCUUCCAGCUGCACCUGAAGAGCACCAAUGGCCCCAUCGAGGUGUACCUGUGCCCAGAGGAGAUCACAGAGGAGAGCCCCACCAAGGACCACCCCGUCCCCUACGCUGCCGCCGACCACCCCAUCCCCCUUUCCCCACCAAACAGCUCCAGACCCUCCCCACAGCUGCCCCACGCCACCCCCCAGGGCUGGGGGGGCACAGGAACCCCCUCCUCGCCCUCAUCUCUGCCUCUCACCAUCCUGGGGGGGCCCAGCUCGCUACUGGAGGUGGAGCCCGGGCUCCUGGGCUCUCCUGCCCACCUCCUGCAGCAGACAGAGGACCAACUGCCCUGCACCCCCUCCCACCUGGACUUGGGACCCUUCGUCGCCUUCUCGCCCCCCCUGGAACAGGACGAUUAUCUCUGGGGGCUCGAGGGCGAGGGUGUCACUGACCUCUUCGAGGCCUACGACCUGGGGGACCUGCUGAAGCCCUGAGUGUCCCCCCAGGCCCCACUGCCUUCGUCCCCGCUGGUCACUUGUGUCCUGAG